AUGAGCUCACCUCCACCUUCGUCCUCUCUCGACAUCCUACUUCCCGAAAGGACAUACGCUCUCCAGCCCGCACCCGCACCCGCACCCGCCUCAAUUGCCUCGCCUUCCACCCCUUCUAGCUGCUCUCCUGAUAGUAGCUCCACCCCCGAAGCCGAGCAGAAGGAGACCGUCAAGCAGGAACUUGAGCGCAUAUCCAGCGCCUUCGAAAAUGCCAUUCAGAAUGGCCAAUGGGUAGCAUUGGACCAUCUCAGUGCCAAGUACAUCUCACCUUCCUUCCAUGCCCGCUUUGACAAUGCGCUCAUCUCCUCCUGGACCGACUACGUAACUCUGGUGUCACUCUGGACAAAGACCAACCCUGGCUGGCAGAAGAGUGUGCUGAGCACCGAAGCAGAUGUCGACGAAGAGAAUGGCCAGGCUACAGUGUACAUCCUCAUGAAGGUUACUGGUUGGCCGGUACAGUUUGACAGGAUGGUCGUCAGCGUACUGACGUGGAAGAAGCCAAGAAGACGAUGGGUCUGCUGUGAGAAUACAACGAUGCGAGGCGUCGACACCUUCCAAACUGGAGCAGGUGGCUGA